UUGCUCCCACCAUACCAUUAGCCUUGGAACAGAUGUCAGAAACUAAGGACGGACUGCUUCCAGAUCAGGUUGCUGCUGCCAAGUCUCGCGAGCUUUGUGUCAGUAACAGUUGAUUAGGGGCUGUCCAAUUCCCAAGCUAGGAGCAGCAGCUGCAAGGCUGCAUUUCACUGAAAUAGUAAGUGAUCCCGAGUCCUUACAAACUUUAUCAUCUUUGUGGCUGGGGAGCAGGACAUCAGGAUGAAUAGCACUGGAGCCAGUGUACCCAUCCUAUUUUUUGUUUGUUUUCUUCUACUCUGCACACUCAUCAGGAAGUGUGAGACUGAAGAAGACCUCAUUGUAACAACCAAGCAAGGAAAAAUCAAAGGAGUACAACUCCCAGUUCUUGGGGGCACGGUGACGGCAUUUCUUGGGAUUCCCUAUGGAGAGCCUCCCAUUGGUCAACUUCGAUUCCGAAAGCCAUGUCCACGGAGCAAGUGGUCUUAUAUUUGGAAUGCCACCAAAUAUUCCAAUUCUUGCUAUCAAAACAUUGAUGAUAGUUUCCCUGGAUUUCCAGGAUCUGAGAUGUGGAAUCCAAACACUGAACUUAGUGAAGACUGUUUGUAUCUUAAUGUUUGGGUUCCAACUCCCAAACCAAAAAAUGCUACAGUCAUGGUCUGGAUCUAUGGGGGUGGUUUUCAGUCUGGAACAUCAUCCUUACAUGUUUAUGAUGGCAAGUUUCUGGCUCGUGUUGAAAGAGUAAUUGUGGUUUCGAUGAACUAUAGGUUGGGUGCUCUUGGAUUUUUGGCUUUGCCAGGGAAUCCAGAGGCUCCCGGAAACAUGGGAUUAUUUGAUCAACAAUUAGCUCUUCAGUGGGUCCAAGAAAAUAUUGCAACUUUUGGUGGGAAUUCUAAAAGUAUAACUCUGUUUGGAGAGAGUGCAGGGGCUGCUGCAGUCAGUUUUCACAUUCUUUCUCCUAAAAGUCACCCAUUGUUUACAAGAGCCAUUCUCCAAAGCGGAUCUGCUAAUGCCCCAUGGGCAAUAAUGCCUCCUUUAGAAGCCAAAAACCGAACGUUAGAUUUAGCAAAAUCUCUCAGUUGUUUUAGAGGAAAUGAGACUGAGCUAAUUAAAUGUCUUCGGAAUAAAAAUCCUCAGGAAAUACUGGGAUAUGUAAAUCCCAGUCUCUCUUCAGGCUCUCUCUUAAAAAGCAAUUUUUGUCCAACUGUGGAUGGUGACUUUCUCACAGACAUGCCAGAUAACCUAAUCCAGAGGGGUCAUUUUAAACAAACACAGUUAUUAGUGGGGGUUAACAAAGAUGAAGGGACAUAUUUUUUGGUCUACGGAGCUCCAGGUUUCAGCAAAGAUAACAGCAGUAUGAUAAGUCAAAAGCAAUUCCAAGAAGGGAUAACAGAGUUUUUCCCAGGAGUGAAUGAACUUGGAGUGGAAGCCAUACAAUUUCACUACACUGGCUGGUCAGAUGAACAGUAUCCUGAAAAUUUUCGUGAUGUAAUGGAUGAUGUCGUUGGAGAUUAUAAUUUUAUAUGCCCUAUUUUGGAGUUUACCAAAAAGUUCUCUGAACUAGGGAAUAAUGCAUUUUUCUACUUCUUUGAACAUCGAUCAUCCAAAACUCCUUGGCCUGAAUGGAUGGGAGUCAUGCAUGGUUAUGAAAUUGAAUUUGUUUUUGGGUUACCUCUGGAAAGAAGAGUUAAUUACACCAAAGCAGAGGAAAUUCUGAGCCGCUCCAUUAUGAAGAACUGGGCCAGUUUUGCAAAAUAUGGAAAUCCAAAUGGGACUCAGAACAAUGGAACUAGAUGGCCAAUCUUUGGUGCCACAGAACAAAAAUAUAUUACCUUGAACACUGAAUCACCAAAAAUACACGCGAAAUUGCGUGCCCAGCAGUGCCGAUUCUGGAAAACAUUUUUCCCUAAAGUUUUGGAAAUGUCAGGAAAUAUUGAUGAAGUGGAGUAUGAAUGGAAAGCAGGAUUCCGUCGCUGGAACAGUUAUAUGAUGGACUGGAGAAAUCAAUUUAAUGAUUACACAAGGAAGAGGGAGAGGUGCGCAGGUCUCUAAUUAAUUGGCCUGGCCUUUUAGCAAUGUUCCUUUUCCUGUGGAUCAAGGCAAAUGGGCUGGUAGCUCACUUGUGAGCCUCAAAUGGAAGCUUUUCUAUAGCUAAACCAAAAUGCCAAGAGGACUGUAUUGAUUCUUCCCAUUUUUCCUUUGUAUUUUGCCUUUCAUUUCAGGAAACAAACCAUUCUACAAGCCAAACUAAAACAUAAACAUUAAAGCUUGACUAUGAAUUUAUAGGCAAAUUUCAACCUUUAGCUAUAUAAAAUUCCUUUACCCAGAAGCCUUUUAAGCUUUUUUUUUUUAAUCUUUGUAUUCUUUUGACAAAUUCUCCAU